CCUAGUAUUCUAAACAAACACUAGGCAUUUUGCCCAAUUUCAGGAAUCCCAAAAACACACAACAUAAAAAAAAAAAAAAAGCAAAGGAAAGCAAAAGAAUCCUUUUUGAUUUAAACCCACUUCCCAAAAUCAAAAACAUUAAAAACCCAUCUUCAUUCUUCACAUUUCUCCCGUCUCGUUAUUUUCCUCUCCAGAAAUUUGAACCAACAUUUGAUGGUUUAUUGAUUUUGUAAGUCAAGGUUAGAUUCCAAAGUUUGAAUCUCUUUUUGUUUUGGUGCAUUUAAAUUUAUGGGUUUUGCUGCAUUCGUCUGCUGCUUUAUGGGGUUGUAAUUUCAGGUACUGUUUUUGCUGCCAGAUUUCUUAUUUUUGUUAGUUUAAUGGAUUUUUAAUUGUGGGUUUUAAUUUUAUUUUUCAAUUUCAAUUUUAGUGUGUUCAGAUUUGGGGUUGUAGAGGAUUGAUUGAAAUUUUAAUUUUGCUGCUUUAAGGUUUGAUUUUUGGACAAUUUGUACUCAGGUAAUGGAUUUAAAGGUUUGAAUUUUUAGAGGUUUUGGUGAUUUUUGUUGGGUUUUUUGUAGUUGAAUGAGAUGAGAGAAGGGUUGAGGUCAAGUAGUUCUAGGAAGGAGGAUGGUAAAGUUGAGUUUAGUCAUAGUGAUGGGGAUUUAAGUAGGGUUAAAAUUCCUGAUUUGAAUUUAGAGGAUAGUACAGAUGAGGUCGGGAAUGAGGAAGGAGGAAAAUUAUGCAGUAAAGUGAAUUUCAUUCUUGGGAAGUCAAAUGGGUUAGUGUGUAAGAAGGAAGGGUUUGGUGAGGAUGAGGGUUUAGAUAUGGAAGUUGAAAAUGAAGGGGAGAAAAUUGGAGGUGAGGAAAUUGAGGUUGAGAUAGGUUUAGAGACUAAAGUAGGUGAUGAAGAUAAGAAAAAUGAUGAUUGUUCUGGCAGUAUUGGUGAAGAAAUUGUCGUGGGCGGAGAGAAAACGGAGAUGGGAGUUGAGGGGUUGAUUGGUGGUGAAGAUUCCGAUGAUAAAAGAGAUGUGGAAGUGAAGAAGAAGGAUUCGGAGAGGAGUUUUGUUAGUAACAAUGUUGAUAUUGAUCAUAUGGUUGAGAGUAGGGAAGAGGGUGUGGAUAUUGAUCGUGAAGUUACUAAGGUUAUGCAAUCUAAUCACAGUGAUGAAGAUGAUAGGAGUGAAAGACUAAGAUCGGAGGCUAAACGGGGCCGAGUUAGAAUUUUGAGAUCAAGAGUUGUGCCAGCUAAUGGCUUGGGAGAGGAAACCGAUGAAAUAGGUGUUAGGAUUUCACAUAGGAAAAGGAAGAAAGGAGCCGAUGAUGAAUUGGGAGCGGAAGCUGUUGACUCUGGAAACAUGUGUUAUAGUGAAAAGAACAAGAAUUCAGUUGAUCAUCCAGAAGUGGUGUUUGUUGAGCCAUGUAGUGUCCAAGCUGUAUCUGUUACUGAGGAAGAAGAUGUGAAUAAUGAGUCUGUUAGACGUUCAGGGAAGAAGGGGAAGCGAGGAAGGCCUAAAUUAUGCCGAGGUGGUGCUGAAGAGGUGGAAAUUCCGGUAAUGGAUGUCAAGGCUGUCCUUAGAGUUGAAGAUGGGGAUUUGGACGAUAAGUCAGCUUCUUGCUCAAAGAAGAAGGAUGGUCGGGGAAGACCUAGGAAGUAUGCAAAGUGUGUUGAAAAUGAGGACGUUGUUCCCGACAAGGUCAAUGAUGAAGGUAAGAUAGUUCAGUUGAGUGAAGAUCUGAAGAGAAGAUCGGCUUCAAGUUUCAAGAAGAAGGAUGGACGGGGAAGACCUAGGAAGUAUGCCAGUAGUGUUGAAAAGGCAAACAUUGUUCCUUACAAGGUUGACGAUGAAGAUGAUGAGGUGAGUGAAGAUUUGGACGACAGAUCAACUUCAAGUUUUAAAAAGAAGGAUGGACAAGGAAGACAUAGGAAGAAUCUUGAUCCUAUUGGAGAUUUGAAUAACAGAUCAGCUUCACGUGUUAAAAAGAAGGAUGGGCGAGGAAGGCCUAAGAAGCUUGCAAAUUGUGUUGAAAAGGUGAAAGUUGUUCCUGAUAAGGUUGAUUAUGAAGAUAAGAUAGUUCAGAUGAGUGUUAAAAAAAAGGAUGGGCGUGGAAGGCCGAAGAAGUUAUCAAAUUGCGGUGAGGAUAAAGUUAUUCUUGAUAAGGUCGAAGUUGAAGCUGGUGAGGUUAGCAAAAGGUCUGUUGGAAGUUCAACUCCAUCUCGCAAAAGUGUUAGGCAGAAGAGAUCUAUAGAUUACUGUGAAGAGGAAGUUGUUGAAAGGAGGAGGAAAGUUUCUUUUUCUGAAGUUGAUGAUGAAGAUGUGGCUGAAGUUGAUGAAGGUACAAGGAAUAAAUCAGUAAUAAAACCGAAAAAGGGCAAGCGUGGACGACCCAAGAAAGAAUUGGGAGAUGUUGCAAGUCCAGACCCAAGUAAGAAUGACAAGGAUAGGCUGAAGGAUGCUAGGAAAAAUAAAGGGGAUGAUGUACCCGUGAAGGAAAUACCCUUAGAUUUGAAGAGAAACAUAGCUGAGAACUCUUCUAAAGGUGAAAAAACUCCAUUAUGUGAUAAAAGUUUGCCUGCUAAGCGUAAGAAAACAGAUACACCUGGGUCUCUUGCUGCUGAAAAGAACUCAAUCCGUAACCAAAUAGUAGAUAUGCUUUUAAGAGCAGGAUGGACAAUUCAACACAGACCUAGGAAUGGCAGAGAAUAUAGUGAUGCAGUAUAUGUCAAUCGUGCGGGAAAAACUCACUGGUCGGUUACUAAGGCAUACUUCACACUUCAGCAGGAAGCUGAAGAGGGUAGAACCGGUGAUCCUAACUUCAUCUUUACCCCAUUACCAGACGAGGUUUUAAGCAAAUUGUUUAGAGUUGUAUCGAAGACAAGGUCAGACAAGAACAAGAAGAAGAAUCAAAAAGGGGAUGAUGAUACUUCUGAUGAAGAUGAUGCUGGAAGUAUCAAGAGUUCUGCAAGGCGCAAGGUUGCUUUGAAAAGAAAAGUUGCAAUUCGGAAUGGCACACCAGGUAGAAGGCGGUGUGGCUUGGUGGCGCGUAGAUCGAAUCAGGGUUCGAGUUCAGAGAGCAAUGAAGCUCUUGCUCCUAUCGGAAAGCACAGUAUUCUUGCUUGGAUGAUUGAUUUGGGUACCAUUAAACUUGAUGGAAAAGUGCAUUAUUUGAAGUGUAGUAAAACUAAAUCUGUGUUUGAGGGAAGCAUUUCAAGAGACGGAAUUCGUUGUUUCUGUUGCAAGGAAAUAAUGUCUGUUUAUGAGUUUGAGAACCAUGCCGGGAUCAACCUUUGUAAACCCUAUGAAAAUAUGUACCUGGAAAAUGGAUCUUCACUGUUACAGUGCCAAUUGGACUCCUGGAACAAACAAGAGGAGACCGGACGUCUGGGAUUUCACAGUGUAAAUGUUGAUGCUGAUGAUCCGAAUGAUGAUACAUGCGCCAUCUGUGGAGACGGCGGGGACUUGAUGUGCUGUGAUGGAUGUCCAUCAACAUUUCACUUGGACUGCUUAAAUAUAGAGGAAUUGCCUUCUGGUGAAUGGCAUUGUGCUUAUUGUACUUGCAAGUUUUGUGGUGAAUGUGCAACAGCGGCUCAAGAAGAUGAUUUGGAUGCAGUCUCAUUACAGUUGGUUACUUGCAGUGUGUGCGAGGACAAAUAUCACAGAUCAUGUAUUAGUGAAGAGGAUGAUGUGUGCGUCGAAUUUGGAAAGCCAGACUUUUGCGGGAGGAAAUGUGAACAGAUAGCCGAGCAGUUAGAUUGUCUUUUAGGCACUAAACAUGAUUUAGGAAAUGGAUUUUCAUGGACUCUACUUCAACGGUCUGACCACAAAGCAGAUUAUGUUACCGUAGUAGCUCAAAAGAUUCAAAACAAUUCCAAACUCGCUGUAGCUCUCUCUGUUAUGGAGGAAUGCUUUUUGCCUAUCAUUGACCCCAGAAGUGGCAUCAAUAUGAUACGUCAUGUCGUCUAUAACUGUGGGUCAAAUUUUAGCCGGCUAAAUUUUAGAGGCUAUUAUACUGUUGUAUUAGAGAAAGGAGAUGAAGUAAUAUCUGCAGCUUCCAUCAGAAUUCGUGGCAGUCAGCUAGCAGAAAUGCCAUUCAUUGGGACACGCAAUGCUUACAGGCGCCAAGGAAUGUGUAGACGGCUACUAACUGCUAUAGAACAGGCUCUUAGCUCUUUGAAGAUAGAGAAGUUGGUUAUUCCUGCUAUUCCUGAACUUCUGCACACAUGGACUUCAGUAUUUGGUUUCAAGCCUCUUGAAGAAUCUGUUAGGGAGGCUAUGAGGUCAAUGAAUGUGCUGGUAUUUGCGCAUACGGAUAUGCUGCAGAAACCAAUUUUAGACCAACAGUUUGCUGUGAUCAGUACAGCUUCAACAGAGAAAGAAAUGAACUCUGGGAUUUCACAGAAUGAUCAUCUAAAUGAUGGCGGUGAUAAAACGGAUGCUGAUAAACCUGAGGUUGAUGAUGGUUGUUUGAACGGUAAAUUCGACUUAAAUUGUGUUGCUCCUACUGUUCCCGAUUCUUCUUCAGAAGAAAGACAUGUAGUUCAUGAUUUUAAUGCCGAGAGCCUUGGUGAAGAUGAAGUGAAAAGUGGAACGGAUGACCAAAAAGAUAAGAGUUUUCCAAGCAGGAAUAAUUCUGAUAUUGUCAUAAAUUCUUCUCAAGUUCGGACCUUGCAUCCCGAUUUGAAUUUGAUUGCGGAAAACGAAUCUUUGUCUGAUGAGAUUACUCGUGUCCAUCCUGGUGGUUCUGAAGCUAUUAAUUCCGAUGAAGUUGCGAAAAGUACAUCAAGUUCUUCUGGUCUAACUAAUGUUAAGGGGUGUUGUGUUGUUGAAAGUGACAGUGAUCAGAAUGGGGAUUCUACAACGGUCAAAAGUUCUGAGGAAAGGAAAAGGAACCCGGACUUGAAUUUGGAGGGAAACGUCGCUGAGAGCAACAACAGCUUGCUGUCCAAUUCAAAUAUCGUUUUUACUGCAAUGAGUACCGUCCCUCUUUCCGGACUAAGAGGUCAAGAACCAGUUGACCUUGAGACACAAGGAGAUGAUAACCUUCUAGAAGAUACUAAAGCGGAAGAAUGCUCUGACGAGGAGACGAUUAAAGCGCACAGAUUGGUCUCCAAUAACAGCUCCCUUCCUGCUGAAACUCAACUGCCGACCAAAUCUGAGUCUCAGUCACUGUUAGCGUGCGCUGAGGUUGCGCAGGUCGCUUCUGAUUCCUCCUGUAAUAUUACCUCUGCUGCCGAUGGGAGCUGUUUAGCUGGUAUAGUGAAUGGCUGUGGCAUCACCAAGGUUGGUUCAAUGAAGUCAUAGAUCAAAGGAGAAGAUGUGAAGGUGAAAAUAGAUAUGCCAGUGUACAGAUACCCUAGUUGGCAGUUUCAAGGACCAAAACCAGUUCACCAUCACACCUCGAUCAUUGACUGAAGUUUGUCCGCUGUUGUAUGAAGUUCCGUCUUAUCUUCUUUCUUCCUAUAUAUCCAUAUCUUCACCCUAUUUGUGUACAUUUUGGUGUAUUGAUAGUAUCAUGAUGGCUUACUGAUUUCAGUAUUUUUACGGCAAGGCCGAGAAUUCGAGUCUUGUAGGUAUAGAAGAACUCUUGCAUUUCAUCCAAUUGCGACUAGGGAUGUGCAUUUUAGGGUUCGGGUUGGGUUUAGACUCGACCUUAAUGGAACCUUCUUUUAGGGUUGGGUUCAGAUCCGGACCCUAGUCUUAAGGGUCUAGAAAAUUGGAUCCUUGAGUUUUCUAUUAGACCCAGACUCAAACCCUUGAGGUAGGGUCUACCUGGGUUCGGGUAGGGUCUUAGACCCUUUGACUAUCCCAUUCCCUGGUAGCGACUGAUUGAUCGCGUUCUUUUCAAUGGUUCCUUAACCGUUAAUAUUUCCUCACAUGUAGGUUUCUGACCAAAUUUUUUACAAUUAUCAACACAUCGAAAGUCCACGACUUUUUGCAGAACCGAGCUAUGCUGUGUUUCGGAAUGGAAUGUUAGGGGGCACCCGCACCAUGAUCCGGUGGUUCGAACACUAAUUUUGUCGACUUUUGAUGAUUGUAUAUUCCUUGGAAGAACUGGAUGCUUCUUUGAAUGGUCCGGAUUAGGUAGCCAUAUCAUUUUGCAUAGAUGAAAGGGGGCCAUAAUGUAGAGUUAUGUGUAGGAGUACUUUGUUUAGAUAUGAUGGUGUAUGUGUGGCCCCUUCCUUUUUUGUAAAUGGAAUGAAAAACUCUUAUUUAGUAUACACAAUCGAGUUCUCUGCAAUCACAUAAUUUUCUUCCCAAUGUGUUAUGGUAAUUGACUUUUCUUCCUAUAAUACUAAGGUUAUGCUCUUUGCAUUUGUAAUA